CUUAAUUGAAAUAAAAUUAUUAUGAAUAAUAAACUUGAUCCGUAUUAAUUAAAUAUUAGUAAAGAAAAUGGCAAUAUCAAAACUAAUAUUUUAAGUAAUGGAGAUUACUCUGCUUCAUAAGGAUUAGAAAAUCAGAUGAACCUCCCAACAGAACUAGAUGGUAUGUGAUGAAUUAAACAAUUUAAGAUUAUGAAGGACCUACUCUCUUUUAUUGCUAUCAUUGUAAAAUGGAUUCAGUAUCAUCUUGUGAAUAUUAGGCUUCAGGAUAAACUUUUCUUUGUGCAUUUCUUUUAUUUUUUAUUCUAAACAUUUUUGGCUGUUUAAUUCCUUAUAGUUCAACUGUAUGUAAAGAUAGAAAACAGAUUUGUCCAAGAUGCAGAAAUAUUAUAGGAAUCAAAUAUUAUGAUGCAUGCGCAUGUUGAAAACAAAAAUUANGUGGGAAGGAGAUUCUUAAGAUUAUAUUUAAUAUUGUUUGUUAUGUAUAAUAUUAUUUAUUUAUUAUUUAGUAAUAACAAUUAUUUCAAUACCAUGGAUGUGGUUUCCAACAAUUAUAAGUCAUUUUCUAUUAAAGAAAAGUCGCCAAUAAAAUGAAGGUAAACGUAAGACUCACAGAAUAGAUUAUGGAUAAUUAAUAGAAGAACCAGGAAUUGAAAUGUCCUAAACUUUUUCUUACAGUCAUGAUUAAAUAAAUGUUAAACAGAAUGAACAUAUUGCAGAAAUCCAGGAUUAAACAGUUCAAUUAUAAUCAAAAGAUAUUUCCCAUGAAGGAAUUCAAGACAUUAUUGUUCAUGAAACCAUUGAAACUUUAGAGUUUGUACUUGGAGUUUUAUCAAAUACAGCUAGUUAUUUAAGAUUAUGGGCAUUAAGUUUGGCCCAUUCACAACUUUCAGAAGUGUUCUUUGAAUUGUUAUUAGUUUAGCCAAUUAAUCAUGGAUAGCCAAUUAGUUUAAUGAUAGGAUUCCUUUUUUGGGCUUUGAUAACUUUUGGUGUUUUGAUGUGUAUGGAUAGUAUGGAAUGUUUUUUACAUUCUUUAAGAUUACACUGGUAAUAUUCAUUUUAUUACUCAAGGGUGGAAUUUUAAAAUAAGUUUUUUAAAGGAGAUGGAGUCUAAUUUAAUGUAUAUUCAUUUAGAGAUAGAAUCAAAGAAACUGUUAAUUUAGAGUAAUAGUGA